UCCCGCCUUCCGAAUCCUCCGCCUCCUCAUCCAUCUCCUCCUCCUCCUCCUGCUUUCGCUUCCCUCCUUCUAUUUCUUCCUAUCCAAUCCCCACCAUUCGUUCCUUCUCGACUUCUUAUAUGCCAUUGCUUUCUCCGCUGCCCUCCUCCUCUUCCUCUCUCGCCUCCCCUCCAUCCGGCUUCUUCUCCGUCGCUCCUUUCCCCUCAAUCCGGCUUCUUCUCCGUCGCUCCUUCCCUUCUUCCAUUCCUCCUCAUCUCUUGCCAAUACCGCCUUCCGAAUCCUCCGCCUCCUCUCCCUCAAGCUUCCGUGUUCAUCCACUUCCUCGUCUUCCCCCGCCAUCCGUCUACGCCCGUCGUCUGGUCCAUCGGCUCCUGGCUCAAGUCCGACAAGCGGGCUGUGUCGGGCUCCUGUGUCCAGGUCUACAGCAAGGGGGACGUCUACGAGGGAGAAUUCCACCACGGGAAGCGCUCUGGCAGUGGGGUCUAUUACUUUUACAUGAGCGGACGGUAUGAGGGGGACUGUGGGGUCAUGGCAUGGGCGACGGGGAGCCGCUACCGCGGGCAGUACAGGCAGGGGUUGAUGCAUGGAUUUGGGGAGCAUAGUUAUUACACAGGGGUUGUGUAUGCCGGCGAGUGGUUGAACGGGAAGAGCCAUGGGUGUGUGGUCCGCACGUUCAAGGAUGGGAGCCAGUUUGUUGGGGAAUUCAAGUGGGGAGUCAGGCACGGUCUGGGGCACGCCCAUAUCAGUAACGGGGACACGUAUGCCGGGGAAUAUGCUACAGACAAGAUGCAUGGAUUUGGUGUCUAUUGUUUUGCAAAUGGAUGUCGGUAUGAGGGAGCCUGGCAUGAGGGAAGAAGGCAGGGACUUGGGAUGUAUACAUUCACAAACGGAGAGACACGGUCAGGCCACUGGCAAAAUGGUGUCCUUGAUGCGUUGAGCACUCAGAACACUCAUGCUGGAUUUCCUGUCGCCGUCAACCAUUCGAAAGUACUCGAUGCAGUCCAGGAAGCUCGAAGAGCAGCAGAGAAAGCAUUUGAUGUUCCCAGGGUUGAUGAGAGGGUGAACAAUGUGGUAGCAGUGGCCAACAAAGCAGCCAACAAAGCAAGAGUAGCAGCAUUGAUAGCUGUGCAAAAGAGGAUGGACAAGAAUGAAGAUGACAUACCGAUCCCAAUUGUGUGAGUCUUUUCUGCAUGUUUCCAUAAAUCAUGGGGGCAUAUCACUUGCAUAAUCAAGAGCAAGGGAUUGAUCUGAGAUAUAAGAGGACCAAAAUAAAAAAUUUCAGCACUGCUGUCAUUUCUACCCCUUUUUUUUUUCACAUUAAGAUCAACGCAUGGGUGAUGAGCAUUAUUCGUUUCC